AUGCAGUCACAUGAUCCAUCUUCAGAGGGAAGUGGCUUCAGUCAUCACUACUCUUCUGGUGGCCAGCAACCAAGCAGUUCUUCCCCUAUCCUCAUUGAGGAUCAAAGACUCCGUCUGCUUGAGAAAGAGUACAGUUGUGCUACUAUUGAAAACAUCUCCGUUUGGGGUUGUGAGUUUACUCCUACUGUACGUGAGGGAAUGAAGGCCUGGAAUAUGACAGUACAGUAUUGGCUCGCCAGUCACGUCUACCAGCGCUGUCCGGGGCCAAAACUAUUC